CUGCUCGUUGGUUGAUUGGUGAUAUUUUUGAACUCGCACGUGAAUAUUAAAUUUAUGAUUUAUAAAAAUUCUAUCAAAUAGUUUGUUUUAAGAAUUGGUUCAAAAUGGGAAUCGGGGAGAAAUAUUGGAACACCGACAGUAAAAACUAUAAGAAGGUGCAAAAAAUGUUAGAGGAUAAAUGGAAACUAGUACCGGCUUUUCUGCAAGUAAAAGGUUUAGUUAAGCAACAUAUCGAUUCGUUCAAUUACUUUAUCAAUGUGUAUAUAAAAAACAUAGUCCGGGCAAACGACGAAGUUAAGAGCGAUGCCGAUCCUUGCUUUUAUGUUAAGUAUCUCAACGUUAGUAUUGGCAUGCCAGACGUUGAGGAUGGUUUCAAUAAUACUAAAUCGACAACUCCUCACGAAUGUCGGCUUCGGGACAUGACUUACGCGGCACCGAUUACAGUGGAUAUUGAGUACACUAGAGGAACGCAGCGCGUUGUGAGAAAUAAUAUACUAAUCGGACGUAUGCCAAUCAUGCUUAGGUCGUCAAACUGUGUGCUAACGGGAAAAUCGGAGUUCGAACUAUCUAAAGUUAAUGAAUGUCCGAUGGAUCCUGGAGGUUACUUCGUGAUUCGCGGAACUGAGAAGGUCAUUCUUAUUCAGGAGCAGAUUUCUUGGAACAAAAUGAUCACCGAGGAUUAUAACAAUGUUAUACAGUGUCAGGUUACCAGUUCCACACAUGAAAAGAAGUCGAGAACCAUUCUAUUGUCGAAGCACGGUAAAUAUUACUUGAAGCACAAUUCAAUGACGGAGGAGAUUCCGGUCGCCAUUAUUUUCAAAGCAAUGGGUAUCGCAUCUGAUCAGGAAAUUAUGCAGCUAGUUGGAAUAGACACAGAAACUCAGAAACGGUUUGCCCCUUCACUGCUAGAAGCGGCUGGUCAUAAAGUCUAUACCCAACAGCGUGCCCUGGAAUACAUGGGCUCAAAGCUAAUUGCAAAACGAUUUACAACAGCUGCCACAAAGUAUAAGACUACGGCUGAUGAGGCGAGAGAUCUGCUGGCUACCACUAUCUUGGCACACGUCCCAGUGUCGAAUUUCAACUUUCAGGUGAAGGCGAUAUACGUUGCAUUGAUGAUUCGCCGCGUAAUGGCUGCUGAGCUGGACAAAUCUGCCGUUGACGAUCGAGAUUACUACGGCAAUAAGCGUCUUGAAUUAGCAGGAUCUUUGCUGUCACUUAUGUUUGAAGAUUUAUUUAAACGAUUCAACUGGGAGCUGAAAGCGAUUGCCGACAGAAACAUUCCGAAAGUUAAAGCCGCUCAGUUCGACAUUGUGAAGCACAUGCGGGCGGCAUCGAUAUCGAUAGGUUUGGAAACGGCCAUCUCAACCGGAAAUUGGACCAUUAAGCGAUUCAAGAUGGAACGGGCGGGGGUGACGCAAGUGCUUUCCCGCUUGAGCUACAUUUCAGCACUCGGGAUGAUGACACGAGUAAAUUCACAGUUUGAGAAGACCAGGAAAGUUUCCGGGCCACGUUCGUUGCAGCCAAGUCAGUGGGGUAUGCUCUGUCCAUCAGAUACGCCGGAAGGAGAAGCCUGUGGGUUGGUUAAGAAUCUAGCUCUGAUGACGCACAUUACGACUGAAGUGGACGAGGAACCCGUCAUUCGAUUGGCGUACAAUUCCGGUGUAGAAGACAUUCGCUUACUAGGUGGUGAAACCAUCAAUAAUCCGAAAGUUUUCAUGGUAUUUAUUAAUGGUAAUAUUUUGGGAGUAACCAUUGGAUAUAAAAGAUUGGUAGAGGUGUUUCGUAUGAUGAGGCGAAAGGGAUUAAUCGGUUCAUUCGUAUCAAUUCAUACAUCUUUUACCCAGCGUUGCGUUUACAUACACACGGAUGGGGGCCGCCUAUGCAGACCCUACAUUAUUGUUCAAGGCGGUUGCCCUUUGGUACAGCAAGAACACAUCGAACAACUUAAGGUUGGACUCCGGAAGUUCGAAGAUUUUCUACACGAUGGUUUAAUCGAAUAUUUGGAUGUGAAUGAAGAGAAUGAUUCAUUUAUCGCUUACCAGGAAAUUGAUAUUGAUCCAGAGAAAACGACUCAUUUGGAAAUUGAACCGUUUACGUUGCUAGGAGUUUGUGCAGGUUUGGUCCCAUACCCUCAUCACAAUCAGAGUCCGCGUAAUACUUAUCAAUGUGCUAUGGGAAAGCAGGCGAUGGGAAUCAUUGGAUACAAUCAGAAAAAUCGCAUCGACACACUUAUGUAUAAUAUCGUUUAUCCACAAACACCAAUGGUACGGUCGCGAACUAUCGAGUUAACGAAUUUCGAUAAACUGCCAGCUGGCCAGAACGCAACCGUUGCCGUUAUGAGUUAUUCUGGAUAUGAUAUAGAGGAUGCUUUGAUUCUAAAUAAAGCCUCAAUAGACCGUGGCUACGGUCGUUGCUUGGUGUAUAAAAACAGUAAAUGUACUAUUAAAAGGUACAGUAAUCAAACUUUUGACCGCAUUAUGGGUCCGAUGAAGGAUUCACUCACCAACAAGAUAAUCUUUAAGCACGAGUGUCUCGAUACGGAUGGAAUAAUUUCUCCCGGAGAGAAAGUGCUUUCGAAGCAAACAAUGGUCAACAAAGAGAUGCCAGCAGUCAAAUCUACCAAUCCAAUAGAGCAGAAAGAAGCCGGUCAGCAGCCGAUUGCCUACAGUGCCGUUCCCAUCACCUACAAAAGCACCGAACCAAGUUAUAUCGAAAAGGUUAUGGUUUCGACCAACAAUGAUGAAGAAUUUUUAGUAAAGAUUCUGCUGCGGCAAACCCGUCGACCAGAGAUAGGUGACAAGUUCAGCUCGCGACACGGACAAAAAGGUGUUACCGGUUUAAUUGUCGAGCAGGAAGACCUUCCGUUCAACGAUUACGGAAUGUCCCCAGAUAUGGUAAUGAACCCUCACGGUUUCCCUUCCCGUAUGACAGUUGGUAAAACAUUAGAAUUACUAGGCAGUAAAGCCGGUGUGUUGGAGGGUAAAUUUCACUACGGUACAGCUUUCGGUGGAUCGAAAUGUCAAGACUUGCAAGAUGAGUUAUUCAAGAACGGUUUCAACUAUUUAGGCAAAGAUGUGUUCUAUUCUGGCAUCACGGGCGAACCGCUUGAAAUGUACAUUUACUCGGGUCCCGUUUACUACCAAAAGCUCAAACAUAUGGUCCAGGAUAAAAUGCAUGCCAGAGCUCGAGGCCCCCGAGCAGUGCUCACUCGACAGCCGACACAAGGACGUAGCCGCGAAGGAGGUCUCCGUUUGGGAGAAAUGGAGCGGGAUUGUUUGAUAUCGUAUGGAGCUUCGAUGCUAAUUAUGGAGCGGCUGAUGAUUUCAUCCGAUGCCUUCGAUGUGGACGUAUGUAAUGUUUGCGGAAGACUUGCUUAUUCCUCUUGGUGUCACAACUGCCGGUCGUCUGCAAGUGUGUCCAAAAUAUCCAUGCCCUAUGCGUGCAAGCUGUUGUUCCAAGAAUUAACCAGCAUGAAUAUUGUUCCCAAACUAAAGUUACACAAUUAUUAAUUUAUGAA